AUGCGUAUGUUUUGGACCAUGAGCGAUCGAGAUCCGAUCGACAGACAAUAUACUGAUGCAUUGAAAUUAGGCAGCUCGUGGAAGGGUACUCAGAGUUUCCAUCCGAGAGGUCGAAAGUUCAAACCGAACACGGAUUACUACAAGCGAUGGGACGUCACAAUGGAUAACUUACGCAUAAAAGACGACGUUGACACUCUGUACUGGUGCAAAAUUUUCAGAGCCCCGAAGAUUUUUAAGAAAAACCAUAUUGUUGGGUUCGUGCCUUUGCUGAACGACGACACCAAGCGACUUGUCCACCACAUGAUCCUCUACGAGUGCUACGGCGGCCCAGCCACAAUGGAAAAGUAUGUGACGCUAAAAGGAAAUCAGUGCUAUGGGCAGGACAUGCCAGAAGACUGGAACAAGUGCGUGUCGCCGGUGGUCACGUGGGCGAUGGGCUCGGACGGGCAAUUUUUGCCAGAUCACAUUGGCGUGCCGAUUGACGGUCGUGAAGUGUACUACAUGUUGGAGGUACACUACGACAAUCCCACGCUGAAAAAAGUAAUGGACAACUCAGGCGUUAGGGUGUAUUAUACGGAGUUUUUGCGUCCAAAUGAUGCGGGCAUCAUGGCCGUUGGUAUGGCCGUGUCUCCGAUGCACAUCGUACCACCGAAGCAGCUUGCCUACAGGACGGCCAGUCUAUGUGACAAAGAUUGCACAAACGUCAUAUUCCCGGAAAGGGGCAUAAAAAUCACGUCCGUCCUUUUGCACGCCCACAUGGCGUCCAGGCAGCUCAAACUCCGGCACGUCCGCCACGACCAGGAAAUGGCUACCAUCGCACAGGACGACCGUUACGACUACGAUUAUCAGCAAGCCAGAGAACUUUCUAAAGAAGUGACUGUGUUUCCAGGUGACGAACUAAUCACAGAAUGCGUCUAUAACACAGUUGGUCGCCUGCAACUAACGCACGGUGGUUAUUCGACCAAACAAGAGAUGUGCUUGGCGUUUGUCACGUACUACCCGCGUACUCCACUGGCAAGCUGUUUCAGCAUGACACCGGUACCGUUCUUCUUCGAAACGUUUGGCGUCCAACAGUUCUUGGACUACAACAUGGAGGGAGUGGAGAAAAUAUUCUUGAAACUGGCCGAAAGCACGACUAAAAAUCCACCUUCUCAGACGACUACGACCACGACAACGUCGAUGCCGGCGUUAAAUAACGCGAAAAUGUUGGACGAACUCAACCAGGCGCACAUUGCGUAUCUGAUGAAACCACCGUCAUUUACGAUCGACGAUAGCAAGGAACAAAAUCUAUUCAGGGAUUUGGAAAUCAUGGAACCCGUCGAAUUCCAGAACAAAACGUUCCAACAGCAUUUGGAAAACUUGCCGUGGGAAGACAGCCUGUUGACAAAAACCAUCGAAAGGCGACUGAUCAAUGGCAAGCACAUGACGUUCUGUCGGCUACAUAACGACACGUUGGCCUUGAUGAUGAAUACGUACUUGUUUCCAAACUUCACGGCUUACACUGAGCCGAAGACCUCAAAUGUUGCAUGCGUGCCGUUAUCGAACAAAUUCGAAAACUCUGCCUUGACAGUACAAAGUUCCUACGUAUUGAUUUCAUUAAGUAUCGCACUGAUUUAUAUGUAUUAG